CGGUGAGUGGCCGGGGAAUUAGUGCGCCAGCCACAGACAGCAAUUCGGCCUUAGCCACCUCGUCGGCGCUACAACAACAACGCCACUAGCCGGCCGCGGAAGUGGCUCUCUCUCUCUCCCUCUCUCCCCGCUCGCUUUCCCUCUUCCCCCUCGUGGAAUAAUUCCCUUUCUUCAUCCGAAAAAAAUCCUUUCUUUGUGGCCACAAAACCAACCUCCGGAUUUCCUACUUCACCCUCUUCCCUUGCAAUUGAUGCUCUCUUGCUUCUCUCUCUCCCUGUAUCCGCCAGUCACUAUCUCAAACACCUCAUUCCCACUUGUCCGCUCUCCGCCUUCUCUACGGCUGCCGUCGUCUAUUGCACUACACAAACAUAUACAGUCAUAUACUUCCCCGCUCCUCGCUCGACGGCAACGACCCACCAUGGCUUUGCUGAGUGUUAUCUAAAUCGACGGCGCAAGACUUCUUGAAAAUGCAGCAAUCUUCGGGGGUAGCUCAGGAACCGGGGCCUCUUGUCGAUUGGGUGGCUCAAUUCGGUCGCUUUGCAUUCAACGCCGCAGCGAAUUCAAAUGGGUACUCUUCCUUUCGUUCCAAUUACUUGUACUUUGAUACCACGGGUCGGAAGAGUAUCAGGGGAGGCAGGGUGGCUGCUUCCUUGAGGCUGGGAGAAGGAGGCGGUUCGAGUUUCAGAAGGAUUUGGAAUGAUUUUAAUGGGUUUGUUAGGUCUCACUGUUAUAGAAUCCCUAUUGGGUUCGCUUCUGUUGGGGUCGGGCCAGGGGAUUGUAGGAGUAGUAGUAGUGAUGGUAGUAAGUUGAACGAUGGUUGUGAUGCUUUGGUGGAUGAGGGUUUGCCUUUGAAUGGAGUUGGGACUGACGGCCCUAAGAAGGUUCUCAUUCUGAUGAGUGAUACCGGUGGUGGGCAUAGAGCUUCUGCAGAGGCUAUCAAGGCAGCUUUCUAUGAGCAGUAUGGUGACGAUUAUCAGAGUGUGUAUUUCAGGUGUUCAUUACUGAUCUAUGGUCAGAGCACACACCUUGGCCGUUCAAUCAAUUGCCUAGGAGCUAUAAUUUCUUGGUCAAACACGGUACAUUGUGGAAAAUGACAUACUAUGCAUCUGCACCAAGGCUAAUUCAUCAAUCGAAUUUUGCUGCAACGUCAACGUUUAUAGCUCGUGAAGUUGCCAAAGGAUUGAUGAAGUACCAACCUGACAUUAUUAUCAGUGUGCAUCCACUGAUGCAGCAUGUUCCUCUUCGUAUAUUGAGGGCGAAGGGUCUUUUGCAGAAGAUAGUAUUCACUACAGUAAUUACAGAUCUUAGCACAUGCCAUCCAACCUGGUUUCAUAAGCUUGUUACACGAUGUUAUUGUCCAUCAACCGAAGUUGCUAAGAGAGCAUUGAAAGCCGGGUUGCAGCCUCCCCAAAUCAAAGUUUUUGGCCUUCCUGUUCGACCAACCUUCGUCAAACCUGUUCGGCCUAAGGAAGAACUAAGGAGGGAACAGGGGAUGGAUGAAGACCUUCCUGCUGUUCUCUUGAUGGGGGGAGGAGAAGGGAUGGGGCCCAUUGAGGCAACUGCAAAAGCACUUGGUGAUUCUUUAUAUGAUGAGAAUCUUGGGGAGCCAAUUGGUCAAGUCCUUGUUAUAUGUGGCCGCAACAAAAAGCUUGCUAAUAGAUUGGCUUCAAUCGAUUGGAAAAUUCCUGUCCAGGUGAAGGGAUUUGUGACUAAAAUGGAAGAUUGCAUGGGGGCAUGUGACUGCAUCAUCACCAAGGCUGGUCCGGGGACUAUUGCAGAAGCCAUGAUACGUGGGCUGCCUAUAAUUUUGAAUGACUACAUUGCAGGGCAAGAAGUAGGUAAUGUGCCCUACGUGGUGGAGAAUGGAUGUGGGAAGUUCUCGAAAUCGCCAAAAGAGAUAGCUAGGAUCGUUGGUCAAUGGUUUGGUCCAAAGAAGGAAGAACUUAAGGCCAUGUCUCAAAAUGCUCUGAAGUUGGCCAGACCUGAUGCGGUGUUCAAGAUUGUCAACGAUAUGCAUGAACUGGUUAGGCAGCGGAGUUAUGUCCCUCAGUUGAACUGUGCAACUUAAAUCCUGUCAAAACAAUCAAGCCCCACAUUAUCUUUCCCUCAUCAUCCAUGAAAUUUUGACUCAAGUGAGGUUGGUUUGAGACUUUGUAUCCAUGUUCUGAGAUCUGUCACUGAUUUGAACAAUGAAAAAGAAAAGCUAUCUGCCUGAUUCUUUCUGUGAAUCUUGUUUGGUUUACAUUUUCAAACCGAAGAACGGUCACAGCAACUGUUACCCGGGUGACCUCAAUCGCCGUUAGUCAGUUACCAUAUGAACAGCCUACUGCUGCCGCCAUUUAGAGACGCAGAGAAAUUUGAAAAGGUAGCUCCGACUGGCAAACCACAAGCCGCCCCUACUCUUCCAGCUACACCGCCGCUAAUCGGAGGAAGAACUUGCUGCUGUUGGACGACGAUGAACUGAGCUUGAAUUAGAUCAAUUGCAGUUCUGGAUGGAUCACAUGGAAAUGGAGUCUGAGCCACCGCCCUGUAUGCUGCUAGUUUCUGUGCAGAAGGGAACGCAUCCUAUUUAUAGAACAAGCAGGAAUCAUUCAUCCGUAAAAGACAGCUGAAGUUGGAUCCAGUAGAAAACUAGUGUUUGACAAAAUUAGUACGCCAUUGCCACAAUACAUCCUUCCUUCCAUCUUGAUAAUCUGUUACUACAGUCUACACUCUUACCAGUUCGACACCACCACAAUAUAUAAUACUAUGAUUCAUUACUUGAUCUUCUCAAAUUUAACAGACUUUUCUCCUGUACUAGAGGAGCUCUCAAAGAAAUAACGGAUCACUUCAUAUGGUAGGGUUGGUGGAUCUUUUGGAUACUGCACUCUUAAUGUCUUCAAUCUAGUAAAAGGAGAGGCUUCCGACGACUCGAUUAACAGCUUCAUUCUGCUGAAGGGGAGGAGGUGUUCGUUCCAAGCCAUUCCACUCUCCAGCUAACAAGGAAAUACAAUUCAACAGGAAAACAUCAAGGAAUGCCUUUAACGUACUGCAGUAGAAGCCAACUGGUCUAUAGAUGGGUAUCAUAUCGUACUUGAGACAAUUACAUCUACUCAUUGCGGAAAGUUGGUACGACGUACCUUGUCAAAACGAAGGUUGAGAGACUCCACAUUAUGCAAUUCACGCAACAAGUACAUAUAUGCUCGACUGGCAUCUUCCAAUCUUGUAUGGUCAUCUUUCUUCCAAUUAUAUGGGUAUUUGCACCAGACGCAGAUGCAUGCAUGAUUUAGUGAAGGGCAGUUAAACUUGAAGGGCCUCAUCUUUUAAGUCUAACAUGUUAUCCCAUAGGCGGAAAGAUUUGAGCUCUGGAGCACACACUUCAAUUCCCCGAAUGAAAAAUGAACUUCUAAUUUCCAGGUCCAGCAACUCAAGUGCUGAUAGCUUCAUGCGGUAUGCUGACAUGCAGUCAACAAGCUUUAAGUACUUCAAACAAGCUGGGAGAUCGGUUACAGUUUCAAAAAGGCCAGAUUAGGGAGCAUUUGGCUCCGACAGACGACAGAAAUCCAGUUCCAGAGUGGUCAGCAACUUAAACCCCAAAGAAGAGAGUGCAUGACUGUAUAGAACCAAUCCCCUCAGCUUCAGAAUCUUGAGUGACUCAUGAUGAUCAUAAUCAGUUAUGGGGGCAGCUAUGUCGCUGAAAUUGCCAUGACUAUGGUUAAUGGACAAAUGGUAAAGCUGGCUACCAUGGGAGGCAGCAGCGUGUUGCAUGAGAUUAUGAAACAGCUCUAUACCAGCUCUUCGACAGUGAUCUCUUCCAAAGUCGAAGGUGAUGCUCCCAACAGUCACAGAAUCAAAUCUGAGAGAUAGAAACUUGUUCACGUGUUCAGUGAAACUUGAUUUUUUGCGGAAACACUUCCUAGAGAAAUUGAGGCUAGGAACUGCUUUCCAUAAACAUCUCCACCUCCUUGAUAAAAUGCUGGUCUGAACUACGGAUUUCGUGUCGAAGAACGAGAGAAUGCGUUCGAUAAUGUUGUCUGGAAGAUUGCUCAACCUGUCGAUUUGUUCUUCCCCAUCGUGGCUCCUUACUUCGAGUUUCUUCUUGCGCCUCUUAGAAUUCCCUACCAUAUCCUCCUCCACCUGUCGAGAGACAACCGAUUUAAGGCUACCCAGUACAAAAAAAACCCUUCCUUUCAACAGCCACCAAAGGACUUGGUGUAUGUUAUACAUACAACUACCCAGAAGACCAGGCUACGAGAUGAAGUGAUUCCAAUCCAAGAACAGUCGCUUUUAGCAAAAGGGGAACAGUUGUUCAAUAUGUGUGUACCAUCUACUGGCCCAAAUGAAGGAUCCAAUCCAUCCUACCUAGCUGCCGCAAUCAGCCGCCAUAGUGGGGAAUGUUGUUCCAAACAAAAGUUUCUACUUCUUUGGGGCAUUUCCUCAUACAGUUGGUGACUGUCGCCGGGGACGAGUAAAGGAUGCUUGAAGUCGGAGGCUGACAGCGCCGGUAAGGUUGAGGUAGUCUUCUUAGCAAGAGGUGUGAGUGGCGCAGCAGGAAAUCGACCAGCGUCGCCGUCGAGGGAUUGUAACGGCGGUGGGAGGGGAGAAGGAUUGCACGCUGCGCGUGAUAGGAAAGCGAGGGCAAAAGAACAGAGAGUGCGGACUACAUGGACGCUGGCCGUGCUU